AUGUCAGACUUCUAUUCGUUAAGCGAGCAUGGGAUGGAGACUGCUCCUGAAAAUAUAGCUGUGCUGCCAAUUGUCGUUCUGACAGUUCUUGAUUGCCUCAUUGAAACAUCGGAGAGCAACAGGAUCGCAAUUCACGAUGCUGGCACACUAUCAGUCCUGUUGCCUCGCUUGGCGGAAACUGGCAUGGAAGUACAUGAGGCUGCACUAUUACGAAAACUCUGCAAGUCGUUGCUAUCACUUGGAACACGUCGGUUGGAGGAGACAGCUCAAAUGUUCAAGUUGGCCUGCGAAGAUGAUUCCGCAAGAGAAAUCUUACUAGAGGCUUUGCAGAAAUCCAAACAACCUCCCGCUAUCAAAUUCGAUUUGUCCAACUCCGGGCAUUGCUCAAUAGAGCUCGCCUCGUUACCACGACCCUUUCCACCUACUGCCGGAUACACGUUCUCAAGUUGGAUCAAGAUUGAUCAAUUCGAUUCAGACUGCCACACCACAAUAUUCGGAGCCUUUGAUGCCAGUCAGACCUGUUUUGUUCUUGUAUAUAUCGAAAAGGACACGCAUCAACUGAUUUUGCAGACAUCAGUCACCGCGAAGAAACCAAGUGUGCGAUUCAAAAGGUUUAGAUUUGGAGCUGGAGAAUGGUAUCAUAUUACCAUAGUGCAUCGCCCGUCAAGGACAAGCGGUUCAAGUCCAGCUAUACUAUAUGUUAACGGGCGAUGCAUUGAAGAGCAACAUUGCCCAUACCCAGAAGCGCCUCCGCUCAUCCCAGAACUCCGUGCUCCUGUCCCUUCGCAAGUCCACAAUACCACACGACGACCAGUCCAGGCUUUCUUCGGCACUCCACAAGAUCUUGCUUCCCAAGCAGGCGAUCGCCUCUUGAAUUUGAAGUGGUCUCUUGCAAGCGCCUAUCUGAUUGAUGCAUCUCUUUCUCCCGAGCUAGUCGCUGUUUACCAGAAGCUUGGCCCUCGGUAUUGUGGAAACUUCCAAGACUGCAUAGGGCCUUUCUUGACAUAUCGCGCUUCCGCCGAACUCAAUCGUUACAACGAAAUGCUGCAUGCGGAUAAGGAUGACAAGUCCGAAAUCGUUCAGGCUACACAAUCUCAGGGCAGCGAGCUUCUCCCAGAAGGCAAACUGUUGAUCAGCAUGUCCGCCUCAUCGAUCGUGAAUAUGAAUGGUUUGCUGGCAAACGGUCUCAACAUCGGGCACAUGUUGAAUGAAAAGGCGUCAGCACAUCUUCAGUCUCUGACGCGCAACGGCAACCCGAUGUUACUCAACGCAGCUCGACCUUCAAUAAAUGAGGCCAUGACAAGGUCUUAUGGAGCAGCUGUAAUUACUGGAAAUCCUAUCUUGACGCUCACUCACGGUCUCGACGACGGUAGUUGGCAGAUUGGUGGCUGCCUGCCAAUUAACAUGAAGAUUAUCCAAAGCGCGUCAACAGCUGAUUCCCUUGUCAUCUCGGUGGAGCUUCUCUUCCAAAGCAUACUGGAUAAUUGGCGAACUAGUGAAGUCAUGGAAAAGGAUAAUGGCUUUGGCAUUCUAGCAGUUUUGCUGAGAGAAAAACUUGGAAUAUACAACAGCGGUCCUGGUGGUCACAGAACUGUCCCAAUCGCAAAGACCAUGCAACAGAGGGAAGAGCUGGCGUUGCGACUUCUCAAAGUCGUACUGGCGUUUGUUGGCUAUAACGUCAAGAGUCCCGAAAACUCAUUGCUGAUCAACCCAAUGGCCUACCGCGUUCUCCUUGUCGAUUUCGACACCUGGCGUACGAUAAGUCCUGAGACCCAGAAGCUUUACUAUCAGCAAAUCGCAGGAUUCGUCUGGAAGAACAACAACCAAACUUUCAACAUGAAACGUUACAAUAAAAUGAGGGUCGUUCGUAGAUUCCUCGACGCUCUCAAAGUUGAUCCAAUCAGCGCUGAAGUUUUGCCCGAGGUCUUGCAUGCUUUGAGAGCCCUCAGUCUGUGUAAAACAGCACAUCUCAAUCACCGAGAUAUUGCUACGUUCAUCACGUACGCGCUACAUGACGACAGAGCCCUGCAGUCAACCAACCCACUACUGAGGACACCUCGGAACAGAUCGACAUCGAUCAAGUUGUCGUCUCCGCGGUUGGCCACACCUGAGACACCCAGUCCUACGUCAACAUCGCCCAGUACGCACAAAUUGAGCCAGUCAAAUCUUGGUAUCAGCAUUGUGGAGACGUAUUCAGAGGUUCUCUGUGGCUUCGAAACCAACACGCACAUCAAACGCUUUGAUCAGCAAGUUCCGACGCGAUGGAUCCUCCAUCUACUAGCAGAGCCUGAUUCUCGCGUUGUGGGUUCUGCGCUUUCAAUCAUAUCAAGAGCCAUCGUAGAGAUACCCAGCUUCAAGUCUAAGUUUACUGAAAAGAAUCAUGGCUUCACAACGCUGCAAGCUAGACUGCGUAGCCACUGGACGUCUCCAAGGGUGUGGAUGGGGUGCUUUGCCAUACUAUUCGGGCGUCCCUUCGUUUCUCGUGAGGAUGCCGACGAACUCACCAUCUUCCACCUCAUGGAAACAUUCAUGCAGCAAGGGGAAUCCGAGAUACGGCAUCCCGAAAUCUUCCCAGCGAUGGCGGGCAUGUUGGAAGCAGGACUUAGGACUGUCGUCAAAGACUCAUUACAUCAAAAGGACAACGAAGAUGCAGUCGAGUUGAACUCUAUUCCGAAGACAAUUAUUCAGUUCCUUACAGACGUGCAUUCUCGAAGCAAGUCGUUCAGAGACUUCGCCGUGGACUCCCACUACGUACAGGAACUACUUUUCGUGCUGUUUCCACUGAUCACAAGUGCCGAUCGACUUAGUGCGUCCGCUGAACUAGCAUCAGAGAGUCCGCUGAACUUCCAAGGUCGCGAAGUGGUUCUGCGACCACACUCCAAUUCGCUGGGCGAGCGACCGGCAGUACUCCGAAGUGGUUCUAGCAGAACCUUGCCUACUCAAGGACGACCGAACCAACUUCAGAUACCUCGUAGAACCUCAUCUUUCGUUUUCGUCAACCCUACCGCGGCGGAGGUUAAACAGUCUACCGUGUCAAUGCGCUUCAACGCGAUAAUGUCUCCCACGACAAGCAAACCAGUCAAGCUCAACGUAGGCAACGCUGUUGUUGAGUCUUUGCUUGAGCUGGUAGUCAUGGUAUACAUUGAGCAGGUCUCUCAACGCAAAGACUUUGCAGGUUUCGGUCUAUUCCUCAAAGUGCCGCCUGGUUUCCAAGAACACCAAGCAUAUUUUGAAUCAUAUGUCCUGCUUCACACUAUGCACCAACUAUGGAAUCAUCUUCAGCUGAAUCAAGAGUUGAUGGUUGAGCCUAGAACUUUGACGAAUCUUGCUCGGUACAGCUUACAUAUGGCCGAGGCUGUGUUUGAGGGCUGGUUUAUUGACGGAGCCCAACCAUUACUUGACUUCACUGGCAAGGCCUUGGAGUAUUUGCAACAGCCAGCUGUAUCAGCGACAAAGGGAGUAAGACUAUGCUCGCAGGCUGUGUCGACACUGCGCUCAGUAUUCCUUCGUGUUACUCUUCUUCGCUUGUCCGAACUUGAUGAAUCCGAAGACGAUGCAGACGCCUUGGACUUCCUCAGGAAGAUGACAUACUGGCAAACUAUCUUGUUCUCACCUCAGAAUCAAGAACUUCCGUUCAUAAGGCUGAUUUGUUAUCUCCUAUACAUCAAGAUGACUUCUCCGUCAUCUCCAGUACGGCGUGCUGCUGCCUCAUUAUGGAGGAUGCUGCUUGUACAGAAGCCGACUGAAGCAGCUACCAUACUGAUACAGAACUCCGACCCAAAUCAGCGACACAUCUCUACCGGUUUGAUCAAACUUGCUGCACAUGAUGAUGACGAGCUUCUGGAGUGGAUUGACCAAAACCGAAAGCCUCUGGACGAGUUCUUCCAUGAAACCAUGUCAAGAUUCUGGGACGAAUUUGUCGGUUCCGAGAACCAGAAGACAGAAGAAUCUGCCAAAAAUCGCCUUGCUAAGCGCAAAGAGAAAUUAAAACAUUGGAAAGCGACCGAGACUGAUCUUGAUAAUGUUGCGCACCGAUUCGAGGUAUCCACUAGACACUGGCGAUCGAAUAUCCAUUCUCAAGAGCGACUGAAGUAUCAAGGCGCACUUCAGGACCAACAGGAAAAUUUGAAUCAUAUACAUACUGUUAUUUCUAGGCUGGAGACUCUGUUGAAGCAGCCCUCAGGUCUGUUCCCUGAAAAAGGUCCGUUCAAAUGGCAGCUCGAUCAGACCGAAUCGCGCAAUAGAAUGCGUAUACGGAUAGUGCCAGACACACGACGUGAUCAAGAGGCAUUCCAGCCCAAGCGCAAGGCCUCUGAGCGCGUGUCUCAAACGGGGCUAAGGAUCGACACACAGUCUCGCCCAAGCUUGUCAGACAACAUCGUCUCGGCAGAGCCUACUCCGACCCCAAGGACUCCUGCUAAUCUCAGUGUACCUCAAUUCGAAGACACUCCAUCCUCGCCAAGGGACGAUUCUAUCUCUGGCUCUGCGCUUCUUGAUGGCGAAUUUGAGAUGGUUGAUGAUCCCAAGGAUGGCGAAGAGGGAUUCGAAGAUAAGAACCGUAAAGUCUUGAAGAGUUUGCAGCGUGGCGAUCGUGUACAGAACAUUUGCAAUGUCUCUCGUGUGGUCGGUCUAGAGGCUUUCGAGGGCCUAUUGAUCAUAGGCAAGAAAUGCUUGUAUCUUCAGGACGAUAUGUUCCAAAGAUCUGAUGGCGAGAUUGUCAGCGUUGCUCAUGCUCCCGAUGAAGAACGCGACCCUUACGUUCAGCUGAUCUCGGGCAAAGAGAUCAAGACCAAACGAAGACAACGCACGGAAAGAGAACCUGCAAGACAUUGGACUUGGCAGGAGCUAUUGCACAUCUCGAAGCGCCGCUUCCUGUUCAGAGAUGUUGCGCUAGAAGUCUUCUUCACAGACGGUCGCAGUUACCUCUUGACAUUCAUGACGCCUGCGGCCCGCAAUGAUGUUUACGCAAAUCUUGCAGGGAAGUCACCACUCGUGUACGGGUCACUAUCGUCCCUGCCUGCCGAGGAUGCUUGGAGACUCGACUCAUUGAGAAAUCCAGAAGAGACGCCUCAAAGCUUUGGCUACAAAUUUGCAAAUGUGUUCAACUCAACAUCGUCCAACGCGGCAACACGACGAUGGACACGCGGCGAGAUAUCGAACUUCCAAUAUCUCAUGCUUGUCAACAACAUGGCCGGCAGAACUUUCAACGAUCUUACUCAAUAUCCAGUGUUCCCCUGGAUUCUCGCAGACUAUACUAGCGAGGAACUCGAUCUGACCGACCCUCGAAGUUUCCGUGAUCUCUCCAAGCCGAUGGGCUGUCAACAUCCUGCACGCGAGUCCGAGUUCCGCGAACGCUAUCGAGCCUUUGCUGAAAUGGGUGAUGAACACUCUCCACCUUUCCACUAUGGCACUCAUUACUCCUCGGCCAUGAUUGUCUCCUCUUACCUGAUACGGCUGCCGCCCUUCGUACAGUCGUACUUAUUGCUUCAAGGUGGUGCCUUUGAUCAUGCAGACCGAUUGUUUGACUCGAUUGAGAAGGCGUGGUUGUCUGCCUCCAAGGAGAACAUGACUGAUGUUCGUGAGUUGACACCUGAAUUCUUCUGCUUACCCGAGUUCUUGCAAAACAUCAAUGGCUACGACUUUGGUCAGAAGCAAGGCAGUGGUCAAACCAUCAAUGAUGUCGUUCUACCACCCUGGGCCAAAGGCGACCCUCACAUAUUCAUUGCAAAGCAUAGAGAAGCUCUUGAGAGCCCAUACGUCAGCCAACACCUCCAAGAGUGGAUUGAUCUUAUCUUUGGAUACAAACAACGCGGCGAGGCAGCACUCGAAGCCACGAACGUCUUCCACCAUCUUUCGUACCAAGGUGCAAAGGAUUUGGAUACCAUGCAAGACGAAGUCGAGAAGCUCGCAACUAUUGGCAUCAUUCACAACUUCGGACAAACUCCUCACCAAGUCUUCCAGCGUGUGCACCCCAGGAGAGAGGAAGAGAAGCACAGAGUUGAGAGACUCGACACCAUCGCUGAAUCAUUGAUCAAGCUACCAUUUCCCCUACUUGAGAGCCAUGAAAGAGUCAUGGCAUUGACAUACUCGCCUACCCAAGAGCGUUUGUUAUGCUCUCCCCCUUGCAAGCUAAAUGUGCCACCAGCCUGCAAGAGCUACCUGCAAUGGGGCUUUGCUGACAACAGUCUUCGCUUCUUCACUGCCGACAACAGGAGAAUGCUCGGCUUGUAUGAAAACCUGCAUAUUGGACAAAUCAGCACCGCUCUUUUUGCAGACUCCAAGACUUUGAUAACGGGCGGAGCAGACAGCACAAUUGGCGUGUGGACCAUUGGUUUCACUUCCGAGUCUGCAGACAUCCAGUCAAGGACUUAUCUGUUCGGCCAUCGCACGCCUGUCAGUGUUCUUGCAGCUUCACGCGCUUUCAGCACUUUGGUAUCUGCUUCGGUUGAUGGUCAAGUAUUCCUCUGGGACCUCAAUCGCUUCGACUGCGUGCGUGUCCUCCAGGAAGCUAAUAACGGCAGCCACACGAUUCAGUGUGCCAAAGUCAACAAUCUGACCGGGCACAUCGCCUUAUGCAGUGGCGCAUAUGUCCGAAUCCUCACCUUGAACGGCCACCUUCUCGUCGAACAAAAAGUCUGCGAUGCAGAAGAUGACGAAAUCACCUGCUGUGCUUUCUACGAAGGCGCUGCAAACGAGUGGGUAGAGCGUGUAUUGCUGUUUACCGGCCACAAACGUGGUAUCGUGAAUGUAUGGUCAUUAGUCACCCUCCGCGAUGGAGCAUGGCACCUCCAACUCAUCAAGCGAUUGAUGCAUGUCGAGCCCACGCGCGGCGAGCCAAACAUCCAGGUACCGACUAUUACUUGUGUGCUUCCCAUGUCACAAGCUGUAUAUACUGGUGAUGAAGACGGCAAAGUUUAUGAGUGGAAUUGUGUGCAGAGACAGGGAGCGGGGCCGUUUGCUGGUUGGAGAUGA